GCCCCUUCAUCCUCUCGCCUCGCAACUGGGGAGCUCGCGCUCCUGUAAGGAAUCCUGCGGCCCCGAAGCAGCCCGCCUGGAAAAGGACUUCUACUUGGAAAUUGAAUGACUCCUGGGAAAAUGACCAUCUGUGUUGUUUCGGACACUGACUCUAAUGAGCUGGUUCUAUCUGUGGGAAGUGUCACUUUUGGGGAGAAGAACAGAAAGAAAAUGAAAGAUAGUCAACUGAGAAAAAAGCAGAAUGAAAACAUUUCAUGAUCUGUGAUUGCUUUGCUGAAUUCUAGAUGGGCAGAGAGUAAGGCUAAAAUUGAGAAUGAAAACUAUAGUUAUAAAAAAGAUGGAAUAGGAUUAUAUUUGAAAAAUUCUUUUACCAAUAUUGUUUCAUUUGUUCACAAAUACUUAGCCUUUAUGCAGCGAGACAAACAUUUUCUGAUUGUUGUCAAAUUGUGGAAUCCAGAAAUCUUUGAUUUGAGGAUUGCUACCUUGAGCUCCAAUUUGUACAAAAGAGAUAUAACAUCUGUAAAUAUCAUGAGUGCUACUGCUGCACUGGAAUUCCUCAAGACAAGCAUGAAACUGCAAAGGGAUUAACACAUAACCCCAGAGAUGUUCUGUUUUGGUGAGCAAGAAGAAAGUAGCGUGAAGGCCUUGGCUGCUGACUUUUUUAAUAGGAUGCAACUCAGGUACAGAGACCUCAUCUUUACUGAAUCCACAGAUGUUGAAAUCAAAGACUUCUCAAGAGAAAAGUUGUUACAUCGCAUUAAAGAGAUUCUCCCUCAGUAUGUUUCUGCAUUUACAAAUAUGAGGGGGUAUUUCUUUAUUGGUUUAAAUGAAGAAAAACAAGAAGUAAUUGGCUUUAAAGCAGAGAAGACUGACCUUGACAAAUUAGAAAGAGAAAUAGAAAAAUGCAUUAAUAAGUCACUUGUCUAUCACUACUGUAGAGAGAAGAAGAUAAAUUACUCGUGCAAAUUACUUGAAGUAAAUGAUGAGGGCAGUCUUUGUGGAUAUGCCUGUGCACUCAAAAUAGAGCAAUUCUAUUGUGCAGUGUUUGCUAGAGAUCUGGAUUCCUGGUGUGUGAAAGACAGCCAAGUGAUGCAGCUGAGCCUGGAGGAAUGGGUCCAAUUAAUGCUGGAUGCUGAACCUAGUGAGAAACAGGGAUUAGAAACAAGGGUACCUUUGGCUAGGGUGGCAAGGUUUUUUUCCCCUCUGGGAUUUGGGGCAAGAUCAAUCGUCCUCAAAUUUCAACACCUAAUUUACUAACAUCUGUUAGUUGGUUUUUAUUUGUUUGGAUGGUUAUUUAUUUAUUUAUUUAUUUUUCAGUUUUCAGUUUUAUUAGGUAGAAUUGUGUUUUUUGGCCAAUAUUUUAUAAUAACUUUAUGUAUUUAUUUUUGGAAUUGUUACAAUUGACUGUACAUAUACAACAUAUUGCAUAUAAAUACAUAUACACAAUAUACUGCAUAUUUUUAAAAAUCUACAUAUAUGUAUUAUUCAUCGUUUCUAAGAACGUUUAGAGCUUUAGCUUUUUUAACUUACAUAGUUAUCAAAGGAAUAAAGCCAACCACAAAAUAAGAAUUAAUUCAAAAAUAUACAUACACCUGGCUAUUAACAGCAACAUUAUUUAUAAUUGUCAAGAUAUGGAAGCAUCAUAAGUGCACAUCAAUAGAUGAAUGGAUAAAGAAGAUGCAGCAUAUAUAUGUAAUGGAAUACAACUCACCCAUAAGAAAGAAGACUAUUUUGCAAUUUGCAGCCCUUCAUUCACUUUUUUUUUUCCAGUUCAAAAACCAGAAUUUAAUAACUGGCACAAACAUUUCCAAUGCAUCAAAAAGAACAAAAUACCUAGAAAUAAACUUAACCCAGAAGGUUACAUAUACUCUGAAAACUAAAACAUUGAUGAGGGAAGUUGAAGAUGAUACAAAGAAAUAGAAACAUAUCUUGUGCCCUUGGAUUGGAAGAAUCAACAUUAUCAAAAUGGCUGUACUACCCAAAGCAAUCUGCAGAUCCAUGCAACCCCUGUCAAAGUACUCACAACAUUUUUCACAGAACUAGAACAAACAAUUCCAAAAUUAGAUGGAACCAUAAAAGACCCCAAACUGCCAAAGCAAUCUUUUGUAGGUUUUUUUUUCCUUUUUCUUCUUUUUGUUCUCUUUUCUUAUGGUUUGAUGACUACAGAAGUUCACUGUUGCUACACACUUCGAAGGUAGCUAUUUCUGUGCAUACAGAAAGCACACUAUCUCCUCUUGGUAGCACUUCCUGGAAUAAAAAUCGAAUUCACCCUGUUUUCCUUCCCUACUACCUCUACUCACCUUCAGGGAAAGCCUGGGCAAUCCUCCCUUUUCCUCCUGAGCUCAGUUUCAGUAACUGACCAUUUCUCUCUCGGGAACACUUGCCUCUUUUAUUGUCUUGUUCUUUCAUCUUUCUUUACACUUUUCCAUUUAUUUCCCUUAAAACCUCUUCCAUCUAUUUGUAAAAGUAAGAAUUUGGAAAGUCAGCAGCAGAGAUGUUCCCCUCCAGGUAAUUUAAUUCUGGCUUCUUCGGACUUAGUGUGUGUGUGUUCAUAUCUCCUUCUUUUUAAAUCAGCUCUAUCUUAAAACUUGUCAUCGAAGCAUAUUCUGGCAUUCAGGGGACCACUUUGGUGUUUUAUUAUUGAAUAUGUCAAGACCUAAUUUUUGAGAUUUUGAUUAGACUUUUUGUGGUGUGAUAGGAACUCCUUUACUUGCAAGAAAGAGAAUCCCAACUCAAUUUAGUUUAAACAAAAAGGGAAGUAUAUCAUGUCACUGGGAAGUCUAGAUUUAGACCCAGCUUCACAUGUGGCUAUAUUCAGUUUUUGAAGAAAGGCCAUCAGUACUCAGCAUCUCUGAUUUAUCUGUUUUUGUUCUUCUUGCUUAUGGGCAACAUGUUGUUUUCUGCUAUAUAGACACCGUUACCUUAAAUAUUCUUGUUCAGUCUUCUGGUGCAUAUUUGCAAGAGUUUGUCUUUGGUGCACACUUAGGAGUGGAAUUGCUGGGUCAGGAGGUAUGUGAAUAUUCAAACAAUAAGGUGAUGCCAAAUUGUUUUCCGAAGUAGAUGAGUCACUUUACUUUAUAUGGAUUUUCAGCCUAAGUGCACAUUAUCUUGGUAGUCAAAGAUCUUUAAGCCUUGAAACCAGUUUAAAAUUUUGUGGGACAGGUAGCACCACCUUUAUGGACUGAAUGUGUCCCCCUCCCAAAUUCAUAUGUUAAAAUCCUACUCCCCAGAAAGGUGAUAUCAAGGUGGAGCCUUUGGUAGGUGAUUAGGUCAUGAAGGUGGAGCCCCCAUGAAGGGAUUUAGUGCCCUUUUAUAAAAGAGACCCCAGAGAGCUCCCUCACCCCUUCUGCUAUGUGAGGCCACAGCAAGAAGAUGGGCAUCUAUGAAAUGAACCAGGAAGAGGUCCUCACUAGACACUGAACCUGCUGGAGCUUCGGUCUUCAACUUCCUAGCCUCCAAAAUGGUCACCAAGAGGGAUGUCCUUGGAGGGAUUUUACCCCACGGGGAAAAGGAGAGCAUGAGAACGCCAGCAACCUCAUCACACUGUGGACAUCUGCGACUUUGCUACCAAGGACCCCACAGUCUUCACCAAAGGUGAACACAGCUGCUGCAGUCACCCAAAGUCCCUGCCACUGAGUCUCCUCCUUGGAGCUGGAGCUGUUACUGCAGAGAGACUGGCCUCCAGGGGUCCCAGUCUCUCUAACCUAUAAAAGAGUAUACUCAAUUGCUUAAUGAUUAUCUUUGUUUGGAUGUACCACAUACAUUUUCAGCUAAACAGAUCUCAAAAGAAACUCUUGAUCUCUCCUGCUCCUCUCUCAAUUCCCUCCUCCUCUAAUCUCCCGUAUGUCAGAAAAAAAGUUUCAGGUGCUGCAGUCAAAAACCUGGGAGUUUUCUUUCAUUCCCUCCUUUCUCUAAUCAACAUACAAUCCGUCAACAAGAUCUAUAAAUUAACUGUCUUUCCCAUUCAUCCACUCUUUAUCUACAUUGUCACUGCCUUAGAUAAGGCUGACAUCGUAUCUUGUCUGCACUGUUGGGACAACUUAUUUCACGUCCCUGCUUCCAUGUUUGAAUACCCUCUAUGUCAAUAUUCUUCAUCACACUAGGCAUUCUGAGAUGAAGAACUGAUGACCAUUCUCCAUAAAGUCUUCAUGGAUUCUCAUCGAUCUUAACAUAGUGGCAAAUUCCUUAAAGGCAGAUUCCUUUCAAAAGGUGAUUCAUGACCUGACCUUUGCCUAGCUCUAUAGCUUCACCUGGCCCCACAACUACACUCACAUUCCACUCUCCAGCAGAGCUGGACUUAAAUGCAACAAUCCUGCUCUGGCAUUUUGCACCUGCACUAUCCCUCCCAGCUAGCAUUUUCUUCCUCUGCUCCCUUUUCAAGUGGCUUGCCUCUGUUUACCCUUCACAUAUAUUACAUGUCGCCUACCUAGCAAACCUUCCCUGUCUCCCCAGACUGAUGAGAACCCACUGCUAUGUUUCCAAGCAUCCUGUACUUGUCCCCACAGCACUCCAUGCCAAUGAGAUUAUUUCUUUAUAGCUGUCUUCCCUACCAGAUUAUAAUAUCCAUGUAGGAGAGGCCAUGUCUGCCUUCACAACUGCAGCAGAACCAGCACCUGGCACAGUGCCUGGAUGUAGGUGCUGUUUCAUAAAUAUUGGUUGUGCUUCAGGCUGAGACAUGCAUGCCUCCAACUUUAAAAGCAACAAAACUCUUUUCAAGUUAGAAUCACUACUUCUACUAAAUACUCCCAGAACAAGAACUCACUAGCCUCAACCACUUACCACUGACGUUGACUUUUUUUUUUUUUUACAAAAUUUAUGGGUACAAUUUUGUCCCCAUAGAAUAUGUUAUGGUAUCUAAAACACACUACAAUUUCACUAAUACAGAUGACAGAAAUAAUAGAGAUACAUGCAAGUAUGUAGAUAGAUAGAGUUCUCGAUAUAGAUACAAUCCCCUAUUGGAUCUGCUUCUCUGGAGAGUCCUAAUACUCCUCAGUGUAUCUCAAAGCUGACAAAGCACACGAGAGCAUUAAGAGAAGUGGGAAUCUCCUGCAUUAAAGACAUAACUGAAUCCAACUGCUGGGAUUUUCACCCCUUGGUACAGAUUGAUCCACACCAACAGGUUUUACACACGGACUUAGGUACUGGUAUCACUGGGGAGAAAUAUCUAGGGAAAACAUCAUACAUCUGAUUGCACAGAAUUUCGUUUCCCUGGUAAAAAAAAAAAAAAAAAAAAAAAAAAGGUGACUCUUGUGUCAAGAGUAUGAGUGAGAUCACAGACCAGAGACAGCACUUAAGGAUGCUGCCACUGAUGAUGCAAUGAGGUUCUCACCUUCUUCAUCUGUUAAGUCAGGAGUUCUCAGUCUGGACUGCACUUAAGAAUCACCUAGGGCAGUGCUUCUAAAAUGUAAUGUCUAUGCAAAUCACCUUGAAGUUCUGGUUUAACACUAUUUCUGACUCAGCAGGCCCUCCUCUACAUUGUAAAUUAGCACCCAGGUAAUGCCCAUGGUAUAGUCCAUGGACUACACAGUGAGUGGCAAGGACACAUGAUGCUUUUAAAAGUAAAGAUUACUGGACCUGUCAGAUACAUUUUAUCACAAUCUUUAAGAGGAAGUCUGUACAAAGGUUUUAAAGCUCCAAGAUAAUUCUAAAAUAAAACAAGUGUUCAGAAAACUGUUGCAUUAAUGCCUAUCUCAAGAGCUGUUAUUUUGUUGAAAUUAUGCACAUUGUGAAAUAUCUUAUAUAGUAAGUAAUAUUGAUAAGUGCUAUCACUAAUAAAAGGAUUGUAACUGGUGAACAUUAAUAAAAAUAUUUCUCAAAUGUGGAGAAAUUGUGGGAGGCAGAGACAUGGAGAAGAGGAAGUUUAUCAAACCUGAAAAACUUCUGCAGAACAUCGUACAACCUGGGAAACCAAGACCCUCAGGUGGGAAGGAUCCUAAAAGACCAGCUCGUUGACCCUCUGGGCAACUUACCCAGUGUGUCUGAGGGAGACUCCAGGACCGUGAACUGAGAUCCUGCUCCCCUUUAUUCACUAACACAUGUGAAUAAACAGCCUCUGUAGUCAUCACCUGCGUCUGCAAAAUCCCUUCUCAUAUCUACAAUUUUGCACAUCCCUGGGCCAAAGGGCCCUAAAUCACAAAGGAGUCUAGAUCCUGGAGGAACUCAUUAAAGACAAAGCAUUACCCAAGGCCUCUCUGGGACAAAUGCUCUCAGGGUCCCAGAGCAGUGACUGAUUUUAGUCACUGAUCAUACCUGACUACUUUGAGGAGAGGUGAGGAUGGAGAAAAGCUCAUGUAUCAAAACUUAAUCACUGUCUGUGUAGGCAGUGAACAGUAGACCUGUGUGGUUGGAACCUACGCUUUGGGAGGUAAAGGAGGAUGGCUUAAGAAGCCAUAAAAAGCAGCAGGGAACAGACUGUGAAUAUACUAAAAUAUCUGAGGAGUGCAGCAGGCUUUAUUCUGUGGGCAAAAAGAAGCCAUCAGUGCUUUGAGCAAAGUGCCA